AUAACUUGUUUCAGUUUAUUUGCCAGUAUUACAUAAAUAUGCAAGCAUGCCGCUCAAUUGUAAUUAUUUGUCAUCUGUCCUAGUAAUUGUUUGAUAGCCUAAUCUUUUGAACAGGUAACAAAGUUCACUUAUGACUUCGGUCAUAAAUAUAAAUCAGAAACUAUAAACAAUACACUUCUGCGGUGAAAUUAUUGUUGUGCAAUAACAAAAGGUAUCAGAGCCAGGGUUUUUGUAUCAUAAGCGAUCUUUUGUGUCCGGCGCGUCUCUUUAAAAGGCGUGGCGUCGUGAAGCGGUUUCGUGUCCGUCUCGCUGCACGCGCACGAGCUUAUUUCACCGUCAGCGAUCACGGAGGCGUCGUCACACGCACGAGCGCUGUCCGUUUGAAUCACUGGGUUUACGGUCGCGUAUCCUUCACACCGCCAGAAGUCGGAUGAUGUGCAUUUGAAACCGCAUUGAACCGAACACUAAACAGAAUCUGGACUCGGCGCACUGAACCUUUAUAUGGACUGCGCUCUUUGCAGCGUUCUGCGUGUUUCUCCACUGUAUUUUCCCCGUAGAUAGUAGGCAGGUAUCAGAACGAGGCGAAAUGGCAACGGACGAGCUGUCAUCGAAGCUGAGCCGCAGGCUGCAGAUCGAGGAGGGCGAGCACGACCCGGUGGCCCUGGACGAGGCUCACGAGAACGGAGCGCACGAGAAAGCGGCCACCGCCAGCGCGGGUUCAGAGCUGGGAGCCAAGCUGCAGCGGCGCGGCGAGCUGAACGAGGGCGUCGGAGAACACCAGCAGCCCAGCAUGAAGGUGUUCAACCCCUACACCGAGUUCAAGGAGUUCUCGAGGAAGCAGAUCAAAGACAUGGAGAAGAUGUUCAAACAGUAUGAUUCAGAGAAAGAUAACUUCAUCGAUCUGAUGGAGCUGAAGCUGAUGAUGGAGAAACUCGGAGCACCUCAGACUCACUUGGGCCUGAAAAACAUGAUCAAAGAAGUAGAUGAGGACUUGGAUGGAAAACUCAGCUUUAGAGAGUUUCUUCUUAUCUUCAGAAAAGCAGCAGCAGGAGAGCUGGCGGAGGACAGCGGACUUCAUGUCUUGGCACGUUUGUCAGAGAUUGACGUGUCAACUGAGGGAGUGAAGGGAGCCAAAUCAUUCUUUGAGGCAAAAGUGCAGGCCAUUAAUGAAUCAAACCGGUUUGAGGCAGAAAUUCGUCAGGAGCAGGAAGAGAAAAAGCGUCAGGCGGAGGAGAAGAAACAAAGACAAGCCGCUUUCAAAGAGCUGAAGUCGGCCUUCAAAUAGCCUCAUCCACCUCGACAGCCUCCAUUUGCUCAUCGCAUUUGUCCGUCUGCCAUUAGAGUUCCCCUCUAUCAGAGAUACUAUGCAAGGCUGUGAAAUGCUCAGAGAUCCAUGCAGAUUCAUCUUCCUGAGAGAGGGACACCUGUGUCGUUUGUGCUCAUGAGCGGAUGUCGGUGUUCAAAUCGUCUGUGUAUUGUUGCCCGUUUCUCUCACUCUCUCUCAGGCUGAUUUUAAAUGUGAAGCCAGACAAUACACUGGAUUGGAUUUGUUCUGUUUCAGUCGCACGUGUAUAUAUGUCCUACAGUCCGUUCGCCCCCUCAGUUUCGUUUUAGUUUAAAUGGCAUUUUGUUUUGUUCUAGUCAAUGUGUCAGUAGAUUCAAAUCUAACAUUUUAAAGAUUUUUUUUUUUUUAUCAAUUUGUCCUCUCAGUAUGCCAUAUCCAGACCGUUGUAUUCAUAUCAGUGGCAAUUUAAGCAGGAAAUGCUUUUCACUGUACCGUGACUAAUUCGACUUUCCAUUGCUGACCAUGAGAGGACAAACAUUAGCAUACACCAGACUUCUGCUCUCGUUCACAGAUACAUUAAAUAUUAAGAGCAUUAAAAAAUAUAUAUUUUUAUUGAGCAGAGAGAGAGAGAGAGGGGUGGUUUUGGGUGUAUGUGCAUGUGUGGUGAUGAUUGUACUGGUGUUUGUUGAGUGUUUAUCAAUAUUUUCUUGCAUGGUCACUGUGGUGUCGUUUUCCUACAUGGUUCCCUUCAGUCUAUAAGGUGUCCAGUGUUAAAUGUGGCACACGCAGGCUUACAAUUAGUUUUUAAAAUCAAGACGAUCACAUGAAAUGGCUGUAAAAUUUAAACGUCUUACAAAAGCAAGACAUUACAAUUUAUUUUCUUCAGCUUGUGUGGAUAAUGUUGAUGGAGGUGUUGUCAGGACAAGGUCAUCUGACUGGUUUUAUGGUCCAAACCCUUGUAUUUUGUGCUUCCAUGUGUGCUGAACGGAUUAAGUAUAACAUUCUUAAGGGGUCGGUUAGAUACCAAAGAUAUGGUAUAAAAUCGUCCUCCUCGGCUUUUAUAUAAAGGGAUAGUUCACCCAAAAAUCAUUUACCCAUCUUUGAGUCUUUCCAAACCUGUAUAACUUUCUUCUGUGGAACACUAGGUUUAUUUUUGAAAAAGUUUAUGCUGUUUUUGUUCAUGUAAUGAAUGUUAGUGGGAUCCAGAACUACAUUGAACCCCAUUAUAAAACACAAAUAUCACUGAGACAUUUUUCUUUGCUGUGAAAAGAGAGAAAUUCAUACAGGUUUGGUAUGAUAUGUGGGUGAAUGCAUUUUUAUGGGAGAACUUUCCCCUUAAAAGUCCCUAAAUCUCCCUAACUCCCUAAAUAUAAGUCUGUGUUGCUUAAUAUUAAUCAAAAUAUGACCAAAACUACAAGCCUUGCAGAGCAGCCCAUGCUCGGUGAGAUAAGGUAAAAUCAAAAGUGCUUCAUGCAUAAAAUAUAGACAUAUUUGUGGCUUUUCUGUAGAGCCAGCGCAUGUAAUUCAACAUCUAAAUGCCAUAUGUCGGAAUAGGAUUUAAUAUUAAGGUGUUUAGUUUAAAAAAAAAAUAGAAUAGGCUUUAAAGUUUACUGUGACAUCAUCUGAAAAAUGAGGGAACAUUUCUAAUGAAAUCAUCCAAAAGCGUAAUGAAUUUAACCUUUUAAGGUCAUGUGACAUGCAGUACACUGUGGCAAAGGUAACUGAGAUGCUAUGUAUAAAGACAAAUCUAUAUUUUCAUGUGAUGAAAAUGUAAAAAAUAAUUUUAGUUUUGUAUGGAACGGGGUCUUGUGAAAAGAAUCAUUCUUAUUUUCUCAAUAUGAAUUUUGUUUGCCUACAAUCUUGUCUCCCUUCGCUUUUCCGUGUAUCUGAUAUUCCUUAGGUUUUUCCAUUACAAUCUAAUCAGUAAAGGCAAAACACCUUUAGGCUUUUAUAAUGGAGACAAUGAUGUUGGCGAUUGCUAUGCUUCAUGUUGUUCUUUGUUUUUUUGUGUUCUGAGUCACUGGUAAGUGUUCCUGUUUGCUCACUAGUUCUGUGGAAAUUCAAAUAAUAGAUGUAUAAAUUUGGUGUAUAUUAGUCUGCCAGUCUUUCCAGCCAUCCACAUGUUAUUUUUCUUUUAUUAUCUACUGUUCAGCUAAGGUAUGUUAAAUCUUGUCAGUUAAGGGGUGAAUGCAGUGGUGUAUGAGGAGUGGACUGAUGACACCAAACAAACAGCUGUUGCGUUCUGUUAGAAGCCAUAAACCAUUCUGUCGUUCCUUUUGAGAGAUUUUAGCUGUUCAAUUGUUGUUGUGCCAAAUGAUUUCACGCUGUGUUAAGCUAAUUUUAGUACAACGUUCCCUGAAAUCCAUCAGGAUACUUUUGAUCAACAGCCCCAGCAGAUCUGAAUUAAUGAGCACAGCUAAUUGGAAUUUAGACUGAUGCACAGUGUUAAAACUUAAAAAAAAUAAUAACUCUUUAAUUAAUCUGUUAAAGCCCUUUUUACAGUUUUGGUUUUAUUAUUAAUGCUUUCAUACAUGACUAAGUACAUUAGAGCUUUGGCAGUAUUAACUUCUGUGGAUUUCUGUGGAAAAAAACUGCUUUUUCCAAAGCAGAUAACACAAACAGCACAACAUUUUUAAACCUUUUUCUUCUGUUAUUGGAUUUUUUUGUCUUCUUCUUCUGUAAAGUGUAAUGCCAGGAAGACUAAAAAUAAGUGUAGUUAAAUUCCACAAUUUUUUACGGCAUGUUUUUGUUGUUUAAUUCAUCAUUCCAGCGAUUUGACAAUGGUUGAGAGGGCCUUGAAUCAUCCUGACCAUAACUGUACCGUUCUGUCACUGUCUAUGUCAGUUGAAACUGGUGGUUAUGGCAUCAUACUCUUGUAGGCUUAUACAUAUUGAUAUGUGGCUUCUAUAAUAUGCACAUUUAUUUUUGAUUUUCUUACUAAAAUGUACAAUUAUUCUUGUGACAAUAAAAAUACUUUUAAUUUGGAAA